AUAUUUUUUAUUUAUAAACAUAACAAUACAGUUCAAUAGUAAAUGAAGAACUUUUAAUAUGACUUAACCAUGGAUAUGUUUCGAAAUAUUAUGAUUUAAUCAUGAGUGAUACUAAGAAAAAAAGUGAGAGAAAGAAUCUAGAUUGCAUUAAAAAGACAAAUAUCAUGGAAACUGUUCGACCAUGUGGUUGCAAAGGGAUACGUUCUUGCUUGAUUUGUGAAUCUGAGUACCAAAUAUCGAAACCGGACUUGAAGGAUGAACUACAGAAAAGCCAAAGUUACGUCUAUUGUCCAUAUUGUGAUAAACUAUCACCUGGAUGGGACGUAGAUGAGUACAAGAAACAUCCCCAUCAUGAUGGAAGUUUAAUAAAUUAUCCGGGUGUUUAUAUUAAGUUAGAUUUCCUAAGUAAAACCGAGGCCGAGGAACUGAUAACAGCGCUCGACCGUCUUCCUUGGAAGGCUUCGCAGAGUGGCAGGAGAAAACAGAAUUUCGGGCCAAAGUGUAACUUCAAAAAACAGAAAUUACGCUUGGGAUCAUUCGACGGUUUUCCCAAGACGACGCAAUUCGUACAGAAGAAGCUCGCGGAAGUACCGCUGUUACGCGACUUCAAAACCGUCGAACAAUGUUCGCUCGAGUACGAUCCCACGCGAGGGGCUUCCAUAGAUCCUCACAUUGACGACUGCUGGAUCUGGGGCGAGCGCAUAGUGACCGUAAACAUUCUCGGUGAUUCGGUUCUGACUAUGAUACCUUAUCGUGGCCCGAUAACGCGAUAUAAUUUAGACUGCGUCUCAAAUUACAACUCCGUAGUAGAAGAAAACAGAAACAUUCGCGAUGGCACUCCAAUUGUAGAUGUUAAUGACGACGUGGUAGUGCGAUUGCCAAUGCCCGCCAGAUCGCUCAUGGUUUUGUAUGGUUCAGCAAGAUACAAGUGGGAGCAUUCUGUACUCCGACAGGACAUUUUAUCGAGGCGCGUUUGUCUCGCGUACCGUGAACUAACGCCUCCGUAUCUCGAAGGUGGAAAACAUCAGGAGGAAGCUGUUGAAAUUCUGGGGCAAGCUUCAUUAUUCUGGUGAUGUUUUAUAUGAUAUAAAAUUAAUUAUUGAAUGUAUUUAAUGUCAUUUAGCAUUCGACAUGUUAAAUGUAGAUACCGCUUUAAUAGAAUAAAGAUAUUUUAUUAUUAGCAU